GUCAAUAAAAUAGUUUAUUUCUUGGAAAAAAUGUAUGUUUAUUUCUAAAAGAUAGAAUAAUGUAUUUUAAGUUGUUUGGUUCACGUUUUAAGAUUUGUGUUAAAUGAUUGUAUUUUAUUUUGUGUCAAAUAAGUUUUUGUCGAAAGGUAUCGCGAGAUUUGUGUACAUGUGUGAGGCUGCGAGACUUAAGUAAGCAUAGAAGAAGCAGAAGCUCGUGCCAGAGCUAUGUGUAGCAGCCUCGUGUCCUGUCGUUGUCAAGGUAUUUUGUAGUUAUGUUUGUAAUGUUUUGUGAAGUUAUUGGUUAUGGUGUUUUAUGGUGUUUUAAUUACUUAAUAUUUUGGUUUAGAGUGAACAACGACGAAUCAUUCUGUUAAAGACCUCCGAAGUGGCAGGCGGCCACGAGGUAACUUUUUUGUCAAAGCACGCGUCACCUGUCUGUUUGUAAAUGUGUCUAUGUCUAAAGCUUUGUCUUUUAUUUCUGUAGUUUUCACGGCAAAAAAUAAAGAGCCCGUCUUAAGAAAGCCGUGCCAGAGUUGUCACUUUGGAGUUACAGUGAAAACUCGCCCAGCCAGCGCCGGUAAGAAGCUCGUUAAGAAGACGGCAGCUGCAGUGAGUGACGGUACCGUGGUGUAACACAAGAGGGCGCCAUUUGACAAGCUCACCGUUCACAAGAAGUCAAGCACAGCAGCAACAACCUUGUACAACUGAAGUAAGGUGGAAAUUAAGAAAGGACAGUGUUAAGAGCAAAAUAAGAGUGUUUAAGUGAAGUUUAAAGCCACAAUAAGUUUCUAUAACAUUUGUCAAAAGGUUACUUAUUUUCUACUGAACUUCGAAGUGAUGUGUUGUUGUUAAGAAAAGAGUGUUGUGUAUUAAGAGUGAAGCUCAUUACAGGUACAGUAAUAUAAAAAGUAAUAUUCAAGUCACAUAAGUUAGAAUUUGUAAGGAGUGUUUUGCAAUUUAAAUAGAGCAUUGAGUGACAUUUAACCAGACUUAUAAGAUGACUGACAAAGAUCAUAAAGAGCUCUAUGCUGUAUCAUGUACUGAAGUGGAGGAAAAUGAUACUGAGCAAAUCUCAGAACCACAGACUGUUCGAAGAAGUGAAAGAGUUAGAACAUUAACUGAAAAAGGUAAAGAACUUCAAGAGGAGAAACUUAAAACGCUUCAACACAGAUAUGCAGUUGGUUUUGAAAAAUGGAGAUAUGAAGCAAGACUGAGCAAAGUAAAACUAAGAAAAGAAGCUUCAGACAGUGAAUUAAAGGAGCUAAUUAACAAUGUAAACAUCACCUGCAGAGAUAUGCAAACCAUUUAUGAAGAAAUACGACGAAUACAAAUUCCUGAUGCAUACGCAAGGCGCAAAGUAGAUGCAUGUACAUCACUUUCUGCAUUCAUUGUCAGAAGAGCUGAGAAACAACUGCAAGGAGACUUUGCAGAAGGUGACGAAGAGCCAUGGCCAGAUUUUGGGUCAUGCUUAGGAUCUGAAAGUACGACAUCAAGGUCAAAAUCCAGAAGGUCUAAAAGUAGCUCAGAAAGCUCACAAACAACCAAGAGACUGGAAGCAGAGGCUGAGGCAGCUGCAUCACAAGAAAUAUUAGCAGUUAUGGAAGAGCAAGAAAAGGAAACAAUUGAGUUAAAAAAACUUGAACGUGAGAAUUUGGAAAGGCAGCAAGCAAUGGAAGAGCAGCGAAGGAAGAUUAAAUGCUUGGAAGAAGUUAAAAAAUUUAAUGCUGCAAAAGCACGAGCAAAGGUUUAUGAUGAAGCUGAAAGUAUUUCUGCAAGUCAGAGUUCAUCACAGAGCAUUAAAGCAGAAAGUGAAAUCCAAGCAAUCCCUGUCAGAGCACACAGUUCUUCUCCAGCUCUAAAUGCUACUCAGUUCCAUAAUGCUACAAUUGUUGGAUCUGUGCCACAUAUUCCUGCAGUAAUAAACCAAACUCAACAAAGUCCUGAUGAACAACCUAAGGCCACCAUAAGCCAAACACUUAAAGCAUCAAAAAUAAUCACUUUAUUUCCUUAUUUCAUUUGCAGCCCUCUCUUCUUUCUAUAGGCACUUUUGAAAUGAAAUGACCUUUUGUAAUGCAUUAAAAGUUCCUGAAAAAGAAAUAAAUCCAUAAAUAGAUUCUUUUAAUAGGUCUGCAUGAGUUACUGGUUGUCCUGUAGUAGUUAUCAUACCCCUAUUUUUCCAGUACUGUGCAAACGUGUGUACUGUUGCAAACGCAUACUGACUGUUGGUGUAAAUCGUCACUUCUUUAUUUUUCUUUGAGGAACCAUCAACAAAAAAUAUUUCACCUUGAUCUAAUGGUAGAUCUUUUAAAUCAUUUCUACUCUUUGCGUUUUGUUCUGCCAUUUCCUGACAAUCAUGCUUUGUACCAUCAUCUGGAAGAGGUAACAAAGUUACAGGAUUUUAAAAUCAUGCAUCUUUCAAUAGUCAGAUGAGGUUGCGAUAAUAAUGUGCUCAUACAGGAGAGAUGCCUCGCAGGCGAUAAAAAAGUCAUAUUUGUUUGUAAUAAUAGUGCUGAAACUGCAUGUGGUACUUUUAAUGUUAACGGAUGAAACAGUACAACAGGAGCACUAACUUCUACAGCCAUAGAAGCAGCAAUCACUGCUCUCACACAGGGAGGCUGGGCGCACGCCACACUAUCAAGUUUGGAAGAAAAAUAUGCUAUUGGUCUCAUUUUAUCACCAUGUUGUUGAACUAGUACCGAGGUCAUAUACUGACCUUUGCAAUCCACCAUUUGGAAAAAAGGUUUUUUAUAGUCUG